GGAGGGAAAACGAAAGGAGAAAAUGGAAAAAAAAAAUUAUAAAAUUAAAAUAUGUAUAAGUAGCUGAAAAGGUCAAAUGUGUCAUCCUUGUAACCUGUGUGGAAAAGUUCAAAAAAGACGGGAACGCACUACAUUUUAAUAUGUAUGUACAAAAGUGGCGUGCGAUUGCUUCAAAGGUAAUAGCUGUGUGUGGCUGUGUUCUUUGUUUGCAUUUGUCUGGAGACAAAUUCAAAAUCAGGUCGACAAAAUGCGCGUCAUGAGGGACUAGCGAUAAAAAUCAUUUAGUCAACCUCCUCGAAUGUUAAUUCACCAGUAGAGAUGGACGGCGGCUGACAGUAUCAAGUGUCGAGAGCUCUCUAUCAGUGUUAUCAUCGUCUGUCGUCAGAUUAGGGUCGCGCCUCGAGACAUCGCACGUCGCGUGCCUAUCUAUACUGUUGACCGUUGUGACGCACAGCAUCGUUGACUUCUCGCAAAGUAUUUUUUCUCAAACAAAAAAGAGCGAGAUUGAUGAAAUCAUAUGACAUUCGAUGGUACGCGAAAAAGAAUCCUGUACGUUAAAUUUUGUCGCGCUACUCUCACGAACGGGACCAAUCUUGGCGCCAAUUUCGUCGUAGCGUCGAGUGACGAUGUUCAGUAACACGGUACAAGCGAAGCUGGCGUCGAUGGUGCUGAUCGGCGCCGGUAGCUUCUUCAUCGGCAUCGCACCCGCCUGCUUCAUCUCGAGCGCGCAACGUCUACAACGGAAAUUGUUGCUCUCCUGUGCCUUGUGCUUUGGCGCCGGUGUCCUGUUGGCCACCUCGACGCUGCACGUAUUACCGGAGGUGCGCAAAGGUCUGCCGGAUUACGCCGAAUUGGUGUUUUCCUGCGGUUUUCUCGUGCUCUAUUUGGUCGAGGAAGGCGUUCAUUAUUUUUGUCGAAGCGGCGAUCACGUGGUCGAGAUGGAUCAUUCCAGGCACAGGAAUACGAACAAGCGAGGUAGUUUGGACUGUCGGAAUCAUUCUCAUGGUGUCGGUUAUAAUGCUGCCACACAAGACAGCAAAGUUUACGUAUCCGAGAGUGAUGUGAGAUUACCGUUUAAUUACCGACAAAGUUCUUUUGAUAACCACAACAUCAAUACUCGGACGUUUAGCGGCUAUGGUGCAACGCGAUGCCACGCACACGACGGCCCUUCCUCAAGCGAGGAGACCACAUUUUUGUGUCAUGGAAAUCACGGGGAGCAAUGCACCGAUGCUAAUACCGGUCUUGCCGGUCUUGCCCUCGCCCUCACUGUACAUGCCGUCCUUGAAGGACUUGCGAUAGGGCUGCAAACGCAAAUCGCCGAGGUAUUGUUGUUGACCGGAGCCGUAGCGUCACACAAGUAUGUUGUCGGCUUCUGUUUGGGAUUGGAAUUGACGGGAGUCAGCAAAUCUGUGCCUAAAUUAAUAUUUGCAAUUUUUGUAUUUGCCAUCGGAUCUGUGAUUGGAAUCGGUAUCGGCAUGCUAACAUUUCAGGCAGAUACAGAUUGGUCAAAGGUGGUACUACCGAUUUUGCAAGGUCUGGCAGGCGGAACUUUGUUAUAUGUUACCGUGAGUGAGGUUCUUCCGAGGGAAAGAGCGAAAUGGCAUAAAAGUUCGCGCAGAUUUGCGGGUAUUUUACAAUUUUUUUCGGUAUUUGUCGGAUUUGUCGUUAUUUUUCUUCUUAACAACUAUGUGGGUGAAUGAAUUCUGAUUAUGCUAAACUUUAAAUUAAUUUGUUAAAAAGAACAUUGUAUAAAAUUUUAAAAACCGCGUGAGAGAGAGAGAGAGAGAGAGAGAGAGAGAUGCAAUUCACAAUUCAAUAUUGACUUGUAAUAUUUUUAAGUUUGCUUUAACGAGAUAGAAACGAAUAUUGUGCUUUUCAAUGUUGUACCGUUGAUUCUUUGACAGUUUAAGAGAGGCCGCGAGUAUUUUUCUCUUUUAUCUCUUUGAAACGAUACUCUAAAAACUGCGUUAAAAAAGCUCCUUUUCUUUCCGCUUACUUUUCCUUUAGGUUGUGCAUUCGCGAGAAUGGUUUAUAUUGGCGAAAUGUUUUUGCAAAAAUGAUCGUUGCGAAGCCGUAUUCGCCGACUAUGUGGGUUUUUCGCGCAAAAGAGAUUAAUCUCGCCGCAGAAGAGAACAUUAAUUACGCGGAACUGUUUAAGACAGAAAUGGCUCGAGUUUCUCGUCGGAUUUGCCGAUGGCAAAUGGAAAAAAGAACCUUAUAAGUUUCAUCAUUGUACGUUCAUUCUAUCCUUCAGGAUACCUCGCUGCAUAAAUCAGCGGCAAUUCCGGGAACAGAUUUGAUCCAUUAGCGAAUUACUCGGACGUGAGAACGAGCAACUUUAAAAGGACACGUAUAAUCGAAAUCUUAAAUGAGUGUAAGAAAAAUAUAACACGCGAACGAGAUAUGUGUAAAUCCGCGUCUAAUUGCUUUCGACAAGAAAUGUUCGAAAAGAUGAUUGCAUCGUCUAUUAAACGCGCAAAUUUAAACGGCGAACAAAACGUAACUAUUAUUUUAAUUCUUCUCAGCGGUGCACAUUUUACGGCUGUAUGAAAGGAAGGUGGAUGCUCUCGAUGAUCGAUAGCGCACGAAGAUUAGAUCAAGAUCGCUAUUGACGUCUACUAUACGCCUGUACAGCGUUCUUUGGCGUAAUGUACGGGAGGCGCGAUAAAAGAGAGCGCUCGUUCCUUUAUUAGAAAAUUUAAAGUCGACGGAGCGUUAGCUAACGCGACACGAGCUCCUUCCUUCUUUCUCUCUCCCUCUCUCUCUCUCUCUCUCUCUCUCGGUCUUAUACGAUCCGCAUAGAAUAAGAAACUUGGAUGAAAUUUCAUGAAACCCGUCGUCGAUAGCUUACUUUUCUUCCUCGCGCUUGGUCGAACAGACGUAAUUUCGACAAAUGGACUUGGCUGCUGUUAGAAAGAAAAGAACUCGGCCGCUCGUGGCGGAAUAGGAAAGAAAGACGGAUUUCGAAAGCGUGCUUUUCAGCAAUCCCACGAUUAAUCUCUUUUUCUUAAAUGUCAAAGCGAUUCUCACGAAUAACGAAAUAAUAAAGUAAUUUAUCAUUGAAUCGUACGCUUUAUACGCGCCGAACCGACACCCACGUAUGGGAUUCACGUUGGAGGACGCCAGUGAUUGUCAUCAGUCUUCGUCGAGGCCGUCUUAUAUCUGACGGUAGCGGUAUACUUAUUGUUAGUUCUUUCGAUAUUUAUGAGGUUCGAGAGUGCGGCGGACGUUUUAUUUAUAUUAUACCGCGCCGUGAAGUUCAGCGCGCAUGUUGUCGCGCGAGACCGCCAUCUUUGUCUUUUUUUCUCUCUCGAUCUCAACAUAACGCCUCGCGCCACUUUAUCGUCGCGCGGCGAUGUCGCAUUUUGUUGUUAGAAGUGAUCCGCGCGUGUCGAAUCAGUCGCGGAAGUGUCGAGUUAAAGUGACGGACAAUCGUAUCGUCGCGAUUAUUAUUUCCUCCAUUUUCAUUACAUCUAUGUGAUUUGAAAAAGCUACAGUGUAUUACGAGUUACCUAUAUAUCGUUUGUUCUAAGUCUGUCGCAUCACUUUUCUAAUCCUGGAUAACGGAGCAAUGAAAUAAUCUCAUCGCGAGAUACUAAUUUAAUAUAAUUGUUGAUGUUGUUAAUAUUAUUGUGGAAUAUAAUUGCAUUGGGAUAUAAUAAUAUAAUGUGGAUUUAAUAAUCUGGUAUAUAUAAUUGUAAAUAAAACACGAGACAGCGUAUCGAGCAACACGUCAAACGUUUGUAGCAUUAUAAAAUUGUAGCACUAUAAAAUUUGAUAACAAACACAAUAGACAAUAAUAAAUAAAAAACGCUUAAUAAAA